AUGAGGAACAAUCACAAGAAAACCGACGAGUACCCUGACGAGUGGGAUGUCGUUGAAGACUCGCAAGAUCCUGACGAGCUUUCACUACCGUUUGAGAUCGUGGCCGAAACACAAGACUCUGACGAAGGUGACACGAGCGAGUUGAGCCAAGACCUGUUGCAGCUCACUGUAACAAAUACAAAGGUGGUCCACAAGCAGACGAAGAAGUCUUCGCUCAAACGGCAACAGCCAAAGAAGGUGACGGCGAAGAGCAAGAAGAUUCAAGUCAAGAAGCCAAAGCGGGUAAAAUCAGAAGGAACCAUGCUCGAGAAAGCGUUCCGGAAAGGCAAAGGCUUUUGCAGCGUGGUCUGUCGUUUGACAUCAAUCUGUCCAGACUCGCUCCUCGUCGAAGAGAUCAAACGCACAGCUCGGGCGAUGAAGCAGAUCCAGAUGGAAACAUGGCAUCUUGCGAAUAUACACACGCUACGGUGUCUCGAGAACAAUCUUCCUUCACCAGACUUCGGCAACACGUUCUUCGACCACUGCUGUUCGGGAAUCUACCGAGCCGAUCGAGAACGUGCAGGAUUGGAAGAGACGAUGGUUACCAAUGCUGGCGUCAUGAUUCGAGAGCACUUUCGUAAACGACUGCGGGCGUACGUGGAGAUUACUUUUGGUGGAGGCCAAAGUAAGAAAGCGAGACAAGAACGACUGAAAAAGAUCGUGCAAGCUUGUUACAACGUCGAAGAGACCGAUCUCUUGGAAGCGUUGCAGAUGCGAGACAUCCUUACUCCCAAUGAUGAGGAGUGGAGUGACAAGUGGAUCCCGUGGUCAAACCACAUCAAAGGGAACGGUAUGGGAUUCUACGUUCGACUGAUUUGGGAGUUCCAAAGCGUUACCAGUGGACUGUUCCAGGGAUCUAAGACUCCUCGUCAUCGCAACGAAAGAGAUAUCGUGAGUGUGACGACACGCGAAUACCGUCACAUGGUUGGGUUCAACCGAUUCCGAGCGUGGAAUGAAGGACAGAAACGGUCGCAUCCAGAGUAUUGGAAGAUCAUCGCGGAGAUGCCUUCGUUCAAAACCGCAAGCUCCAAGAAGUACUUGGAGCGACUGGAGUACUUUUGGCGCCACGCACGAUUCUUGUUGCAGUUUUGCGUGGAUCGACCGUUUCUCAAGUGGAAGUUCUUCCAGAAGCGUAUGAGUCAACACAAAGGUAUCAAGGGCCACGCGCUGAGUCCGGUCAAGGGUUUGAAGCAGGCGAUGCAAAAGCGUGCAAAGGUGGUCUCCAUAGACGAGUUCAGGACGAGCAAGCUCUGCUCGCAGUGCCACCAGACGCUUUCGCAAGUCGACUAUAUCGUGGACGUAAAGCUGCCGAAGAAGAGAAAGCGUAAGGGUGUGGUUUUGCCUCGAAAUCGAGCUGAAGUGCAGUUAGAAGAAAAGACGUGCUACAGAGUGUUGCGUUGCGACCACGUAAACUGUAUCGCUCAUUACUGGGACCGAGAUGUGAACGCAGCCAUCAACAUGGUGGAACUUCUCAUGAGCGAGAUAUUGGGUCGUGGACGCAUGCAAGCCUUCAAAAGAGCGUAG